AUUAAAAUUAUAUUUUUAAUUUAAAAUUAGGUGCUAAUUCAAUAAUUUCUAUAAAAAUAAUGGUGGAGUUGGGUGUAAAAGUUUUGGAUAAAUCCCAAGAUUUAUUUCUUAAAUUUAAACAUUUUUGAUCGUUUUAGGAUGUGAAUAGAGAGUGUUGUUGCUAAAAAUCUUGAUGAGACGACAGUUUGAAAAUCUUGGCACCGAUUUUUUUCUCCAGCCGGUUCUUUAUAAAUAGCCAGCUGGAUAAUUAUGGACGGGCCACACCGGACCGCGAUUUCCCGGGGCAGUCCACACCAAUUUUCCAAAGUUAGUGCUCCCCGAAAUGGACGAACAGUACAUGCUCAGGUGGCACUAUCAAGAAACGACCAUUUGUCGAAGUUUCGCGCACCUGUUAGACUCCGAUCUUUUAACAGACUGCUCAAUUUCCGCGAAAAAUAAAACUUUUCGCGCACACAAAAUCGUCCUCGCAGCUUGUAGCACGUAUUUCUUGGGAUUAUUUCAGGGUCUGGGAAGUGGUGAUUCACCGAUUGUUGUUCUUCACGAUGCCAACCCCGAAGAUGUUGACGCUAUCUUAUCUUACAUUUAUAAAGGACAAUGUUUGGUGAAGAAAGAUCAAGUAUCAAGAAUAAUUUCUUUAGCAAAAAUCUUAAAAAUACAAGGUUUAUGUAAUGUAAAGAUAUCCGAUGUUAUGGAAAAUGACUGUGAUAAAGCUGAUGUUAAAUGUGAUAAAGAAAACGGGGAAGAAAACGAGAAUCAAAAUCAAGAUCCUCCGAAAGAGUUAACGAAGAAAAUUUUGAAAGAUUUACCCGAAGUUUGUAAAUGUUUUAUUUGCGGAAAAUACCUCAGCAACCAAUACAAUUUAAGGGUCCACAUGGAGACCCACAAAGACACUUAUUAUUCGUGCGUUUCAUGUCCCCACGUCUCAAAGAGCAGGGAUGCUCUGAGAAAACACGUUUCGUAUAGACACCCGGAAGAAUACACAACAAGAAAGAAGAAAAAAACUUGUUAAUAAAUCUUUUUUGUAAUAAAUUUAUUACUGAAAAUCCCUGGAAAAAAAUAAUAAUCAAAACACUCCCACAAUUUCAUCGAAUUAAUUGUAUAAUAUAAAAAUACAUGAAAAUAAAUAAAAAAAAGCUUUAAAUCGUAGGAACACAGCUCAUCAAAGCUCAAAUUAUACUGGGAUUAUAAAUACUUUUUAAAUGCAAAAUAAAACUUUUAAAUAA